UUAAGCAGGAAGUAUGUAUCGUGUUUUGGUCAUUCUAAACAAUUUGGUUGUGGUGGAAAAGGUCGCGAGCGACGUAUUUCAUACGGGUGAUCAAAUCAAUAGUUUCGUUCAUUUAGCUAACCAGUUUGGGGCACCAUGGCAAGGGAUUCAAGAACGGUGUCCUCCCUCAUUGCUCUCGGGUACCCUGGCAGUGCAUGUUUGAAGAAAUGUGACUGUGAUGAGCUUCCGUGUCCGCUCCUCUCCUGGCUGGUCUCCGAGUUGAGGACAGUAUGUCCAGCGGUGCAGGAAGGCGAAAGAAAAGACCCUGCGGUGAGUGCUGUCCUGGUGGGAGAGCUGAGAGCGCUGCUGAAGGAGCUGCGCUGUCCCUGCGCGGCCCUUACUACAGAGACACUGACUGCUGCGCUCCUCAACAGGCUCACAGAGUUCUUGGUGUCAGAACUGCAGGCAGCGAGGAUACUGCUGUACAGAGAGCUCCACCCAGAGGACAGAGCAAAGGGAGGUGACACUGAAAAAGAGCAGAGAGAGUCAGGGGACAGGGGAGUGGACCUGGUGGAGGAAAAUCAAGAAAGAGGAGGAUAUGGAGGGGUUGGGGAUAGAGAGGGAGAGCGAGAUAAAACAAAAGAGAUAACACAACUCCUCCAGGCCUUGGAUCUGGACCCUUCCUCUCAGCUAACCGACAUAUAUACAGAGGUGGAGUCACGCCUUGCCUUGCUGCCAGGGGGCGCCAUGCCGGAGCCUUUGCUGGAGAGGGCGCUAAACGCAGAGCAGUGGCGGUGCCUCCAGCAGAUCAAUCAGGCUCUCGCCCAGGACUACGAGUGUCGACGGAACAUGAUGAUCAAGCGUUUCCAGGUCACGCUCCAGUCCUUCACCUGGGGUGAAAAGGGACAGGAACGCAGUGCAGUGCUGGCCUCCAUGCCUCCCUUGUCUCCCCUCACUCUCUCCUCCCACGUUUCUCUGUCUCUCCUGCUGGCGGCCAGACAGGACCAGUCACGAAUCCUCCCUGUCAGAGCUGGGCCCAGCACUGCCAUUCACAAGGUUAUGAUGGGUGGGGUCCCGGACAGAGGGGGGAGACCUGGAGAAAUAGAGCCCCCCAUGCCCAUGUGGGAGCGUCGUAGGGAGGGGGGUGGCAGGGGCGGCCGGGAUCGGGGCAGACAGCAGCGUGGAAACCACUCGGGGAGGAAGAAGAAGAACAAGAAGAAAGAAUGAGGAGAGGAAGAGUCUGUCUCUCGGUGUGGCAACACACACUGCUGGCCCACAGAGACAGGUGGAUGGAGAAAGUGCAGGGAGCACUGAGUCCAUGGAACAGCAGAUUUCAGAGAGAAGUUUGACAUAAAGAAGGAGCACAGUGGAGGCAGGACAGCAGGAGGGAGCAAGCGGUAUAUACAAAGCAGGCAGGCAGUGCAGUCCUUAGCUAAAUCGAUGCCACCAUUUGUCUGACUUAUGUGAGUCUCACCUUAAAAAGUAGUAGGUGAGCAUGAAAGAACAUCGAGUAUAAUUUUGGAAGACACAAUUUAUCUGUUGAUGCACUUUAUGUGUGUUUCUCCAGAGAGUUCUAUAGUCUCUGGAGGCAGGCGUGAGUAAUGGUGCCAUACUGCUCCUGUUAAACAUAUCCAGUAUCCGAAUCAUGAUGUGGAAGUUCUCAUCAGUGGAUUUGCCACAUGCUCUGCAGCUGUAUUCUGGUAGAAUCAAUUUUGACUUGGUGAACUAAAUCAAGGUUUCACCAAAGAUUAUUGUGAAGAAGUCUGAUGAAUAACAUUAUUAUCUGAGGCAGAAAGCUGAUAUGAUACAAUAUGAAUUUCCCUGCAUGUAUUUCACAUUACCUAUUGAAUCUUCCAAAGGCUUUUUGUUUUAGUGUCUUGGUAUAUAAGACAUUGUGUUUCAUUUUGUACACUUCAAUGAAGUGAUGCAUGUCUAACUAUUAUUAGUAAAAAGAAAAUUAAGGACUUUACAUCACACUUGUUUGGCAAGAAAUGAGAUAAUGAGAGGUUAUAUUUGCCAGACUUAAUAAGUAGAGUGGGAGGAUGUCAGUGGAUAUGUCUGCUGGUCUUACCUGCCUUUGACUCUAACACAGAUUUUCUUGAUUAGAUUGUGAAGAUUUAAUUAACAAAGAUAUAAUUUCUUUCAGAAAAGGGCUCAAAAUUGCAUGUAUGUGUUUGUAAAGAGACACUUGUAAACAUUAAACUGGGCGUUAAGUUGUGUUUACAUGAACAAGUGAAUAAUCUGUCAAAGCAUUGACAUUAAAUGUCUAGGAGCCAGUCCGACUGGGUUGAUCUAAACAGAUGAGUUUAUAUUUGGGAAUUAUAGUUUUUAUUGCUUUUUGUUGGAUUGCAGCUGUCUAACAGCCACUCUGUCUCCUAGCUGAAAGGAAGCCAUUUUGACCUUUUUU